UGUCUGGGGAGUGCGCAUCAAUUCCAAUCUCAAUUUCAGCCACACGAGGCUUUGCGUUGCUGCUACCAAGCGUUGGAUAUUUACACAAGCGCGAUGGGAUAUGAAACGAUACCGUCAGAAUUUGAACAGCAGACUCGUUUAGUCAUGGCGCAGUCUUCCUUCCAACUGAAUAUGCCGUCUGACGUCAUACGACAUGCAACACGUGUGAUCAGUACGGACACCACGUCACCCCUUUUUGCUGCCUUUCUUUCACUCAGAGCUGAAGCGUAUGAAAGGAAAGGUGAUAUUAAAGAAGCGUUGGGUGAUAUCGAAACUUAUCGCGAAAUAGAUCCCCUGGACAAAUACCACAUUGAAAAGCACAUCAAAUUACUGGAUCGACAUAAAGCUGAAGAGGAAGUAGAGCAGCAGAGACGUGAUGGUAGUGAAAGUGUGCAGCAGAAUCAAGAGGAAAGUCAAAUAGAAGAAAGUGUCCGCACAGAUGGAGACGUCGUUGGUCUUGCGUCUGUUGUUCUGGAGAGCAGAGAUGGAACAACAGGCGCUAAGGGAUCAGCUGUGAAGCUACGUCGCCAAAGUCAAACGGGGCCUCGUCAGGAGGCACCUGAUCUAAUAUCAGAAUCACCAAUAGAAGUAGCAAGAUUAAAACCUCUAACGCAAGCUCGCUCUGCAUCAGAUCAAUCGACCUCUCCUGCAUCGAGCUCUAAACUCUCUAAGUCUCGAGAAUCUCCCAUUUGCCAGACGUCAGCAACUUCAACUGCAAGUCGUAAAAUGGCAAAAGUACCAUCAUCACGACCGACUCCGUCGAAGCCUCAGACAAUCAAACUAAAACAAUCAGAAGACAGUAGAGCUGCUGAGGCUAAACUUUCUUCUGCCACGGACUGCAAGGAGACAUUAGAGCAACAAACUGUAGCAGAGAGUGACGCUGACAAAGAUCAAGAAGACACUUUGCCUCAUUUGGAGAGACAGAGCAACCAAAUCUGGAUACCGCCCGAAGCUCUUUAUUGCUUAAACAUGGGAAAUUGUAUGUACGAAACUAUUCAAUUUGAGAAGGCGGCUUCGUUCUACAAAGAGGCACUCUCUGUAUUUCGUAAUCUUACUGGCCUGUGUGAGAUGACCACUGAUUUUGAAUUCGACUUAAUGACGGGUAUAGUUCGUUGCUAUAAAAAUAUGAAACAACAGGAGGAGGUCAUCAGAUAUGCGUCAUUAGUGAUUGAAAAGGGGCAUGGCGAUCAGUAUGCUCAAGAGUGCCUAUACUAUCGCGGUGUAGCGUAUGAAAUGAAAGGUGACAACCGUGACGCGUACCGAGACGUCAUCGAGCUUCUUCGCUACAGCCCUAGGCAUCCAGAACUGUUGACACGGAGUGAAGUAUUGAAAUCUAUAUUGGGCAUCAGCUUGUCUCGUCAACCAGCUGCAGCUCCUUCUCGAACGAACAUGGGCAAAGCAAAGAACAAGCGUUCUGGUCUGAGUGACAAGACAUCGUCGAAAGAUUCUGCUUUAGUUAAGGAAAUGCAGAGUGAGUCUUUAAUUGAAAGACCCGUUCAGACUGCUGCCACGAAGCCCCCGCCAAAAAUGAAAUACAACCGGGAAAAGAAGGUAAAAAAGAAGAACAAGAACAAGAAACGUAGUAAAGCAAAGGAAGGAUUUGGAGGAAAUCCCUCGACUUCGUCUAAUGAUCAGCAACCUUCAACUGAAAAAUGCGACGCUUCACAGCCUUCUCUAGAGGACGGAUAUACCAGUAGUGAAGAUGAAGAUGAAGAAACUCCACAUGCUGCUACUUGUAGUAGUGCAACUAAACGACCGGAUGAGUCUAUUGGAGAAAGAUUAUAUUUCUUUGCACAAUCGACACCAUCUGCUAAUAGUAGCAAAAGACAAACAGCAGAUAACGAAGAUGCAACAAAGUCUCAACAAACGAAAGGAGCUUCUUUGCCUUCAGAGACUUUGAAAUCGCAAAGAGGACUUUCUGGUUCUAAACCAAAAAGAAGAAGCAAGGAAAUAGCUGAACUGCAACAGAAGCGGCAAGAUGCGAUACAGCAAAGAGUCGAAGAGCACAACGUGUUCGAAAGCACAGAACGAGAACAACGAGCUCAGAAACGGAAACACGAAGAGCAACUGGCCAAAGCAGCUGAAAAAUUGCAACACAAAGAGAAACCAUUAGAACAGGCACAAAACGAGGUCGCAAAAAGACCUGAAAGUAUUGUCUUUCAAGACGAAGCAAUGUAUGAAAGAAUGCCCAGUAAGACACAAGCCAAAUCUAGGUCUAAGGCAAGGCGUCAACGACAACCAUUAUAUGUUGUAAAAAUUCCUGGAAUCGUUGAUGUCAGAAAUUCUCGGAAAGCAGGGAUUCGCACUGCAAGCUUAUUGCCAGCAAUACUGACUGGAGGUCAGCAGCUAGUAGUGAACGAAACGGCUGUCUCGGCUCUGACGUCAGAUGAAGAGAAGAGCAAAGAUGACAAAAGCUUUACAGAAAGGAGACGCAAAGGAGUGACAGAGAAAUCGUGGGAAUUAGAAAGAUUUAGCGUCCUGCUUAAGGAGACAGGUGAUCGUAUCAUACGCUCCGUGCUACAUCGCGGUACUUCACAAGCCUCAUCUGCUUAUUCAGAAACUCCGUCCGAAUUUCAAUUUAGUGAGGCCGUGUUGCGGCAGGGAAAGGUGGUGUGUUCAAAGUGUUUUAAGAAAAACGCAACUUUGAAGGAAAAGGACUCCGUACUCAAAACAUGUCCUGUUCAUCGAGACACUGCAUGGAAUUCAAUGUUGGUGUGGCCUUCAAAAGCUGGCUAUGUUCCGAUUCGGUCGAGACCAAGAAACGUUAUCGUGCAUUUUACUCUCUGCCGGUAUCGUACUCGUUGCCAUCUCGGUGAGAGAUGUCUUUACCCGCACAGCGAAGAAGAACUGGAAGUGUGGACGCUGGACAGAGAUGGAGAGAGCUGGAAGUUUCGACAUCCAAAGAAACUGUAUCUUUGUGAAAGUUUCCGGGUGUGGAAGCAUUGUUCCUCUGGUCGUAAUUGUGAGUACGCCCAUGGGAAAGACGAGCUAGACGAAUGGCGAAAAAGAAAACAUAUAUACCACAAACAUCUGAAAGGUCGGGACGAAGACCCUAAUGAUAGAAUUGCUCUACUUCUAAAACAAAAGGUAGCUGAAGAACUACGAGCAGCUCGAGACGGCUGCGGAAGCUUUGAAGACUUGAUUGCUUUCAGUCCUCCCAUGUUUGUCGUUGUAUCUUGUGAACCAGACGACAUUGUCUACAUAACGUCUACCGAUUGCACGGACGGCAGUAACUAUAAACAAUCAUUUUUUCUGCAGUUAGAUUACUUGCCUGAAGCUAAAUGUCUCUUUCAAAAGGCGACACUAAUUGGAACUUCUGGCUGCUUUACAUUUUUGCCUUCAAAGGAUUAUGUGUUGACCAGACCGGACAAUUCAGAAAUUGCUGCAAAAGAAACAUCUUUACGGAAAGGCAGCCAUGUGCUGAAAAUCGAGUUUACUUCACUCACUGAGCAAUCAUUUUGGCAAGACGUACUGCUUGAUUUUGGCGUAAAGCCUUAUCUAAUAAAGACUCUAAGAAUUGAGAUAGGAAAUAGUGAGGAAAUGAAUUUGAUCAAAGAGUUUUAUCAACAGAUGAAGAAUCAGGCAGAUGAGUGGACAUUUGAUGCUGAAGAUCUGUGUCAGGACUAUAUUGAUCGCACAAGAAUUGACGAGGAAGGCUUUAAAACGAAGCAUGCUCUUCCUCAAGAUCAAGAAUUUAUGUCAUUGAUACAUACAGCCUUAAACGAAUCCUUGUCUAUGGCUAACUACCGCUCACGUUUUCACACUCUUCUCUUUGUAGAAGAGAUAGCAAGAGUUACUACUCUUAGCAGGUUCAAUAUACAAAGUACGACGAUGAAAAUUCGUCAAGAUCCCGAAGGCACUUUGGGAGAAAUCAAUUUACAUCACCGCCCUCCAUCCAAUUCAACGACUAGUGCAUUUAUUCGUCGUCUUAACGACUGUGUCGUGUUUGAAUUAAAAAUUCACAAAAUACAAGGCGAAAUGCUGUCUCUUCUACUGCCACUCCAGUUCCUUAUUGACACUGGCAUUAAAAACAAUUCUUACGUACAAGUUGAUUUUCAACUUGCAUUUGAUAGAACCCACUACAUUAACUUACACGACGCUGUUGACUACCUGAACCGUGACAUUGUAUCACAACGUUUGAUUGCAAAUCCUCUUCACUCUAAAGCUUGCAAUAUCGAUCUACGCCGGAUGGUUUGCAUCCGAUCUAACCUUAACAGUGAACAACAGAAAGCAGUGCAACGAAUUGUGUGUCAACGUGGAACUUUUCCCGUUAUUGUCAAUGGUCCGUUUGGAACGGGGAAAACGCAUCUUUUAGCGGAAGCAGUCCGAAUCAUUCUUGGUCGCUCCACUGACUGUCGCAUUCUGAUUUGCACUCAAUCGAAUCAUGCUGCAGACCUUUAUGUCACGAAAGUCGACGAUUUUAUUCAGCAGCAAUCGCGUGCAACCGUUCAUCUUCACAGAAUUUACUACAGACAUUACAACCCAAAUCGUAUUGAUCGUAACAUUUUCAAUGUCGUCUAUCGCCAUUGCAAAUUUGAAAACAAUCAAUUUAUUAUGCCAGACAAAAAGACUCUAGAAAAGUCGGAUCGUCUAGUCGUCAUUACGACUCUUGUUACUUCAAUGCAGUUGAGAAAGCUCGAGCUCCCGGAACGAUUUUUUACUCACAUUUUUAUAGAUGAAGCGGCUCAAGCUACGGAGCCGGAAACAAUAGCAGCUCUCGGCUUUGCAAGUGACAGAACGUGUGUUGUUAUGGCUGGCGAUCACAAACAGAUUAAUCCUCCUAUUCAUUCACCUGUGGCACGAAUGGGCAAGCUUCAUUACUCUCUCUUUCGUCGUUUGUACAAAGAAUUACCCACUGUACUAGAUCUUAAAGUUGAUUUAGUCGUCAAUUACCGUUGCCACUGGAACAUUCUCAAUAUAUCAUCUCGUCUAUUCUACCACACUGAUGUUGUAGACGAAAGCAACGCUAAGGGUCCACAAACUUGUCAUCCAAAGUUUCCACCAGUCAGCUUCUGUGCUACGUCUAAAACUCAGUCAAAGCAAGCAGGAUAUGAUGGAUCGUACUACAAUCCUAAAGAAGCUGAAGCUGUUGUCAAGCACGUAAAGGAAAUAUUAGAUGAUUGGCCGUGGUGGCCUUACAAAGACAACGAUCUAUGUGUUAUUACAAGUGAAAGAUGGCAGGCUCGCUAUGUUAGGGUUCUUCUACGAGACUUUGACAAGAGAGUCGACGUAUUGACUGCUGGUGUUGUUCAAGGUCGUCAGUUCCGAGCUUGCGUCAUAAGUACGGUUCUGACAGCAGACGGAUUUCGCGAACGCGGCAGCUCGGACGAAAGCGACUUCUUAUCAAAUGCCAAGCUACUCAACACUGCCAUCACACGAGCUCAGUCUCUCGUUCUCGUCGUCGGAGAUCCCUUAUGCUUGUGCACGUGCGGAAAACUCGAUCAGUUAUGGCUGCAGUACAUUGCCUAUUGCCAUGACAACGGAGGAUGUUUCGGAUCGACUUCAUUCGAAGAGCUUCAAAUGACGUUGGGAAUCCUCAACACAAAACUGAAUCCGGAAUCGCAGGAGUUUUUUCCUGCUUCAGAUAGCCCAGCACUUUUCUCUCGACGUGUCGACAACACCAUAAGAACUUCUACGGAUAAAAUUUCAGCGUGGAGUAGCCGACAACAGAGGAGUGUCGCCUACAAUAACGAUUCGGACGACGACAUGGUAGAAGAGUAUCGGCGUCGAGUGGCACAAAACAAGAUGGAACGCGACGGACUGCAACCGUCUUCUAAAGCGACCGUGCAACCGGUCGAAAAGGGAAGAGGAUACGAAUGGAAAAUUGUCGACCAUUCAACAGUUGACGAUCGAGUAAAGUACGAAAGCUGGGUUCGAUAUGAAAAGCACUUGAGAGGAAAUGCUCGUUUUGAGGCGAUCAAACGAGAGCCAAACAAAUAUCUGCGCUGUCACCUACGUGUGACAAACGAUGACGACGCUGUUGCCGUCGCUAACAGCAAGUCUGACAUGGAGAUAUUGAUCAGAGGAUGGAAGAGAAGAAAUCGAUCUUUUGAUGGAGAAGAAGUUCUCGUAAUGUUAGACGACACGUCUCUUGAUCGAAAAGAGAUCACGUUGCACAACGGUACGGUUGUUGGUAUCUUCCAGGAGGAAAGACCGCGUGAGUGGGUGUGUGUUCUAUCUAAACGAGACAAAAAUAUAUUGUUGCCGUUGGACAAAUCGUUUCCUUGCAUAAUCAAUCUUCCGCGGAACGUUGAAGAGAACGGAAUUGCGAUUUUCAAUAGACAACCGAGGAGAGAUAGGUCUACUUCCAUCGAGCCGAUUAACUUUAUUCCUGUGAGAGAGGCGUCGGACAAACUUUUUAUUGUUCAAUUUCUAAAGUGGAGAAUCGACUGCAUGCACCCGUUAGGCAUUGUUGUUGAAGUCUUACCUUUUGCUGCGACGUUAGAAUCUGGGAUAGACAUUUUGUCUCGCCAAUAUUUCCCAAUCAGAUUGGACGAUGAAUUGAGUCAACAAGCUGAGAACGACGUGGAGUCAUUUUCACCCUUUAUUUCAAGUGAGGAGUAUUCUGCUCGUGACAUGCCGUUGACAAAUGCUUUUACCAUCGAUUCAGAAACCUCCACCGACUUAGACGAUGCCUUAAGCUUUGAGCAAGACGCAGAGACCGGGAGACGUCGGGUCUCUGUUUACAUUUCCGACGUCUCGUAUUUUUGUCGUUUCGGAUCGAGUCUCGAUUAUUACGCAUUUACAAUGGGGACGACGUACUACGACCAAGAAGGUCGAAGAAAACGCAACAUGUUACCACAACGGCUCAGCUCGGAUCUCUUGAGCCUUCUACCUGGUGUCGAUCGUCUGGCAAUCCGCGUUCGUUUCGAUUUUGAUCGGAAAGCCAAGUUAGUUCGAUUUGACUUCAGUCGAUGUAUUGUUCGCUCAAAGUGCAAACUCUCUUACGAAAUAGCUGAAAAGAUUAUCAGCGGAAGCUUACCUGCCACGAUUGACGAAGAAUUGGCUCACGAAAUUCGACGUCUUUAUGAUUUGAGUUUUUGUUUAAGGCGUCAACGGUUAGGCGGAACGAGGUACCAUUUGCAAAACAGAGACACUGCAGGGUGUCAGCGAGCGCAUGCCAUGGUAGAAGAGUUUAUGCUGCUGACUAACAAAACAGUGGCAGAGAGUUUGAUUAAGAAAUGUCGCGCGAUCACUCCACUAAUCGCACAAGGCUCUCCAGACUCUGCCAAAGUCGAAGAAUGGAUCAAAUUAUUUGGAGCCUACUUUGAUUCCUCGUGUGCACUUAGUGAAAUCGCCAACAAACUGAUUAUUUUUUCUCAGCUUACGACAUCUGCUGAAGGUUCAUGCGGGUCUAUUAUGGUAUCUCGACGGCAGUGGCAUGAAAUUCAAUUAGCAACAAAGAUAGAAGAUGACUCUCACCGUCGACAUCAGCUACGUCUAUUGUUAUGCACAGAGUCGCUCUAUCCUCAGCUAGCCAUAGCGCAUACGGGAUACCAUCGAUGUCUUAAGCGAGCUUUGUAUGUUUGCGCUGAUCACAAUGACGAGACGAUUCUUCGGCACGAUCAACUGGGAUAUCAAUAUUACACUCAUUUUACUUCUCCGAUCCGUCGUUAUAUCGACAUCGUUGUACACCGUUUACUGAUAGCUCAUGUUAUCUGUUCAGAAGACAAUGACGGAAAUCUCUAUACUGAAGAAAAAAUUCAGAAGAUAUGUUGUCAUUGCUCGAGAACUCGUGCUUUAGCUCAACGGUAUCAGCGAGAAAUGGAUCUGUUUGGCUUUAGCUGUACAGCCUUCAACAGUCCUGUCCUUACGACAGCCGUUGUACGGUCGGUAUCGGCGGGAUCGAUGGAAUUGUAUUUUCCCGACUAUCCUAAUCUAACUGGAAAAGCAACAGAAAUACGAUUUUCGGCUCUGAAUCCUAAGCAGGUUUUGACAGCUGAGGAUGGUACUGUAACGGUCACGUGGUCUAUUAAAGUUGUUCAGCAUCCUUUACUAACUGAAAAGAAGCAAUACAGAAACAUACUUCCUCACGACGACUACUACAGUAUACCGAUUUUUGAGUGGAAGCAGUUACUUCUUUCUGCGUUGUCAGAGAAAAGCGAAACCGAUGAUCUGAUUCGGCGUGUCCGGCACAUCGAAAACAGCUUCCAUCUUCCUAGUCAGUCUUUUGACGCUCGAGACGAAGCUUAUUCUAAAACUGACACAGGCAAAGAAGUUAUUGUUGAUUCAACACACAAGGGUUACGACGACGUCUCCGAUUCACCCGAUUCGGAUGAAUACUUUACAUGUGAUGAUGAUAUGACAAUGAGCGACGAGAGUGCAGACGAAGACAAGUUGCAGGGACCUGAACUGCCGCAAAAGAAACUGGUGCAGCGCAGUCGAAUGGACACACUGACGCCCUGUCUAAGCGAGAAACCAAAACGGAGUCAUAGGAAGCGAUUUUGUUCAAUAUCACAGGAAUACAUGACCGGUAGUCUCUUUUCGCUGCAACUUAGCGCGCGUAUCCGUCGCGGAAUGCUGAGACCAGUUAUUCAACUUUUUCCCUUGCCGAGUAGCGCACCGACCGCCGUUUGUGUGGAGCAUUACAGCAAACCAGCUGAUUGCUUUGUCGAGAGUCUUCCUCACGGUCACAAUGCCUCAAGAGACCAUUACCACGAUAUUAUAGACUAUCGCAAUUCCUGGUUACCUGUUGUGGACCACGAGUCUGCAACAUCUUGUGUCAAGGACUCUUCAGACUACGUGUUAGUAAACGGUACAGCUGUACGUUGGCAAAGGAAUUCAGAAGAAAUCAGCCCUAUCGGGUACAUUUCAAUGACAUCUGAAUUUUCAAGGAAAUACAGUUUGGGAUGUAGGGAAGGUGACUUUCUUUGCUUGCGUUAUAGCGACAUGGUCACUGAGAAAUCCAACUUUUGCGUCGAUGGAAGCAAAGUAGAUAGCUUGGAAAAGGGAGGUUCUUCUAAAGAAGUUGUACACACAGACACUGAUCAAUGCGUUGUACACUGCAGAGUCGUCAGCAUGGUGGAUGUAAAACCUGAAAUUAAGGAUGCUCCGUGUCUGCAGUUAUUGGAAGUAAAGGCUUCUGGCGAACGACAAGUCCUUCCAGAAAUUUUGUUUAAUAGCGAAGUACCCGUUCUGUGCACCGCUCAAUUUAUACCACAGACUCUGCCGUUUAUGAGAAUGAGACAAGCAUUGCAAACGGUUUGUUUAGGGAACUACAGCAACGAUGCUGUAACGAAUCUCUGCACAGGUGAUUUUUCUAACGUUUCAUUUAACUGUUGCUACAGCGGAAGUACAUCAGAGAGUGAAAGAAUGGCUAUGUCUGAAGGAUUGUCGUUGUCUCAAUCACGUCGACCGCUGAACGAGAGUCAGUUUAUUGCAGUGAAACUGGCCAUGAAACAAGACAUUACUCUAAUACAAGGACCACCAGGCACUGGCAAAACAGUGACUGGAGCUCACAUAGCGGUUCACUUUUUACGCCAACGCGGCAGGAGCAAUGGAAUGAGCAGUGACGAUAAGGUUCGCGUGUUGUACUGUUGUCCGUCCAAUCAGACAGUAGACGAUAUCACAGAUCGUCUCAAGAACGGUUCUAGAUCAAUAAAAAUAUUACGAGUUUAUGGAGAAGGAAUUGAAAAGAAACGUUUUCCUGGAGUCUCGAUAUUUGAAGAGUUUGCUUCUCCAUCCAACAAGCAGCUGACAGUAGACACCAGACGACACAAAGACGUUGCUUUGCAUUACAGAAUUCGUAACAAAGCAACGUCGUCGUACGCAGAGUCUAUUAAGACAUACGAAGAUGAGUUUAAACAACUGAAGAUGAAAAAGGAGUUGCCUACCGAAAACCAGAUCAGUCGCUAUAAAUUCAUCGUUUCAUCUGCUGAACAAGAGCAGAUUGAUAGGGCGGACGUACUUCUCUGUACUUGCAUUCAGGCGGGCAGUCCGAGAAUGGCAAAGAAAUCUGUUGCUUUGUGUAUCGUCGACGAGGCAGGUCAAAGUCUUGAACCUGAAACUCUUGUGGCUAUUUCUCGAGCCAGAAGGAUUGUACUGAUAGGAGAUCAUAAACAGUUGCAACCUGUCGUGCUGAACAGAAGGAUACAAAGUCAGCUGUCUCGCUCCAUGUUUGAGCGUAUUGCUGAAAGUGCAUCAGUGAAGGAAAAGAAUCGAGUUCACAUGCUAAACGUUCAAUACCGGAUGCACUACGAUAUCUGUCAAUUUCCAUCCGAACAUUUUUACGAUGGAAGACUCGAGACGGCUUGGGAAGUAGGAGAACGUCCUUUAGACGGAAUCAACUUCUGGAAUCGCUUAUAUCCUGAGUCGAAGGUCGGUCGUAAAAGUCAGAGGAGAAAAUGUUUUAUUCACGUCGAGGGAGAAGAAAGAACGAAUCUCGUGUCCGGUGAAGGAACGGGAGGCGAAGAAUCGAAGUACAAUCCGAUAGAAGCUGUCGUGGUGAUAAACGUCGUAGAGAGAAUGAGACGACACCAAUGCAGAGCGUCAGACAUCCGUGUCAUAACUCCAUACACAGCUCAGAAAGCUUGCAUCGAAAAUCUCUUAGCACGGUCACCACAAACCGAAAACGUUGAAGUAUCAUCUGUCUUUGCUAGUCAAGGCAGUGAAUCCGAGUUCAUUAUUUUGUCAACAGUCCGUUCUUUACCAAAGCAAGAUCUAGUCGAUUUUUGCUCUAAGAAAUGGAUGAGAGAACAUUUCGGAUUUAUUGCGGACGAACAUCAAAUGAACGUUGCUCUUACGAGAGCAAAGCAAGGCUUGAUCAUAGUUGGCAAUGGUAAUCUGCUCGACUUGCAUUCGAUGUGGAGAAAACUUAUUGUCCAUUACAAGAUGGACGACUGCUACAUGGAAAACUGGAAACAGACUCUCUCACGAGUGUAAACUACGUGUGCACAUAAUUAAUAAUGUUACUGCUGUUCACGAUUUUGUCAGUGUAUAUGCGACCAUGCCUAUGAUUAAGUAUUUGAACCGCCAAACGGACUCAACAGGAGAACAAUAAUUGCACCUAUUUUAGACAUAUUUUAGUUUAUAGAUUAUGUGUUAGGCUAUGAGAUUAAUAUAUUAUUUUAACUACAUGCCGCCUUUUCGGCUUUUAGAGGUAUUGUGUUGCAUAUUUUUGAUGUGUCGUGAACAAUAUACGUAUACAGUGGCGUUGGUUGUUGUCAAAA